CUACAGUACAGGGAUUCACGCUUUUAAUAUUCUUUUAUGAUCUAUCAUAAUUUAGGUUCCCAACAUGUUUUGCUUUCCUCGUGCGAUGUUUCCUAUGGCACUGAUUUUUGUCUUGAUAAUAAGGUCAACACAUGGGCUCCAAGACGAUUGGCAAUUAGUAUUUCAGGCGGUAACAGGGAAUGGUGAAAAUGUCCUUAAUGCCUGGAACUCAAGGUCACCUUCAAUAUGCACGAUACAAACUGGCUGUAUUCCUGCUGGUUUUAAAUUAGACAACCAGAGGGAUAACACGAAACAUCUUCGAAGUCCUUUAAUCGACAAGUGGAACUCGCUCAAUAUUCUAAAAAUCCGUGUAGUAUUUGGUGGCCAGGGGAAAACGUUAGCGUAUUUAGAAUUUGAUGGAAGUGGAAGCACCAAGAAUGAUUGGUUCAGCAAAGCUAGACUUCUGCAUAGUAGUUGGUCUGAUCUCAAGACCUCCAAAACUAACUACUUCUCCAUGUUGGGUGACGAAUCACGGGUCACUAGACAUUUCUUCAUCAACAAGAGUUAUGCUGGAUGCCCUAAGGACAUCGGAUGGUUUGUGGUGGUGGAUAAGAGAGACGUCUGUGCAUGGGCAAGGCAGGGAAACGUCCCAGUGUUUUUGUACAACAAAAGUUCUAAAGCUGCAAAUUGGAACCGGAACAUCGGAGUUGCAGACUUGAUGAAUGUCUAUAUCCAGACUUUGUAGCUGCAAGAAUUUUAACUUAUGUACAUGUACAGUCAUUCCGAUAUUCAAAAUGAAUUUAUUCAAAAAAUAUUCUGUACACAUGUACUCGUGUUCAGAAAGAUAUUCCUUUUUGCAGGAAAUAUUUCUUUUAAUUCAAUAAAUAAAUAAUCUUUAUUUCAAAA